CAGAUACGGCUGAUUUGGAGUCUUCAAAUGCCAGAUAAUUAUGAAGAAUAGUGCCAUGUUCUUGCGCUGUGAGCAUAAGCUGGCGAGUAAUUGAAGCAAACGCUGUUGCCCCUACAAAGUCACAAUAUUUGGUAGUCCUUACCAUGACUAUUGGAAUGGAGCAAGUAAAAAAUCCACAAUCAAUGCCAGAAGCACAGUAUGUGGGGCCCUUCCGACUUGAAAAGACGCUUGGGAAAGGUCAAACAGGUCUGGUGAAGCUAGCUGUUCAUACAGUUACUGGGGACAAAGUGGCCAUCAAAAUCGUGAACAAGGACAAACUCAGCGAGUCAGUUCUCCAGAAGGUUGAGCGGGAGAUCGCCAUUAUGAAGCUAAUUGAACAUCCUCAUGUACUGUCGAUAUUCGACGUCUACGAAAACAAAAAAUACCUGUAUCUAGUGUUGGAGCACGUGUCAGGGGGCGAGCUGUUCGACUACCUGGUGAAGAAGGGUCGUCUCUCCCCUAAGGAGGCCAGGAGAUUCUUCCGACACAUCAUAUCAGCCAUGGACUUCUGUCACAAUUACUCCAUUUGCCAUCGGGACCUAAAACCGGAGAACUUAUUGCUGGACGAAAAGAACAACAUUAAGAUAGCUGACUUCGGCAUGGCCUCGCUACAGCCUCCGGGAGGGUACCUGGAGACAUCGUGCGGAUCACCACACUACGCGUGUCCUGAAGUCAUUAGGGGGGAGAAAUACGACGGACGCAAGGCAGACGUUUGGUCCUGUGGUGUCAUUCUCUACGCUCUUCUAGUCGGUGCGCUUCCGUUUGACGAUGACAACUUGAGACAAUUGCUGGAGAAAGUCAAGAGUGGAAAGUUCCAAAUCCCGUCGUUUGUGUCACAUGACUGCCAACAGCUCUUGAGAGGCAUGAUUCACACUGAACCCGAGAAACGACUCACGCUGGAGCAGGUUCUUCAACAUACGUGGGUAGUAGGAAAUGACCGAGGAAAGGAGAAUUUUCUAAUGGAUGUAGAUUUCAGUUCAACUCCUUCCCAUGCCAAGUCUGCGGCCGUGGAUUGUGUGGAGGAGAUAGACAUAGACGUGUUGAACAGCAUGAACAUGUUGGGUUGCUUCAAGGACAAACAGAAGCUGAUUGGUGCCCUGUUGAACAAUGAGCACAACACGGAGAAAGUGGUGUACCAUCUUCUAUUGGACAGGAAGGAGAGGAAGCCCAGUUACGAGGAGGAGGUCGAAGUCAGACUCAGGUCAAACACAGCCUCCAUGGACCCUCCGAGGAAGCGAGUGGACUCGCCCAUACAUAUCAAGAAGAAACUGGACGGCGGCCACGGCAGUCGCACUCCUACCUCCUUCACCACCUCCACCGAAGCAGGCCUCAACAACAACAACCACUUCCUCCACAGUCACUCGAACAGCUCCUCUGGGCCUGGAGGAUCCCCUGUCACCACAUACAUGCACAGCAGCAGUGUCGACUGCGGAGCCUCCCCAUCUUUGGGUAGAAGAGUACUGCAUAGACACUUAUUCUCAGCAGGAUCUGUACUUGACUCAAGCACAAGAAGCUUGACGCCAAGCCCAGGACCAGCGUCUCCUCUCGCAUCUCCAAAGCGCACGACUUACACCAAUAGAACAUGCAGGGGAGUGAUAAUGGGCGGAAGUUCCAACAACACUGGCGCCCCUAGCGGGAAUCGAUCUGCCUCCAACUCACCAAACCACUAUGUCUACUCGAACAAUUCCAGUCCCACCCAGCAGAUGUAUCCUCAUUCGCCUUUAGUGCUUCCAACGUCCCCCCUGGCUUCGUCAUCCGAACGUGGUGCUCCGCAUUUUCCCCUCCCCCAUGCAGCUAAUGCACAACAGUGUGCAUCGCAUAGAAGCAAUUGUAGUAAUGCACUGAGUCCGACAUCGGGAGGGGCAGUAGGGGUGAGCAUGAAGGGGCCGCCGUCACCGAUGACCCCUGACAGCUGUUCGCCGCCUUCCAGCCCGAUUGUCAACAAUAUUAACAUGAUGAACAGUAACAACAGUACUAAUCCAAGUGGAGGAAGCUACUCGCAACAGCAGACGACCGAGAGAGGUGGAGGCGAAAGAGACAGACCGACUAACUUCCCCUCUCUGACUCCGAUCAGACACAGACUGAACUCUUUGAAGAACUCCUUCCUGGGCAGUCCCACCUUCCACAGACGCAAACAGAGUGUGGCUGUCACAGAGGAGAUGCCGCUAGCAUCACCUGACCUGGACUCGUCUGAACUGACAAAGAGGUCUUGGUUCUACAACAUCCUGGGACAGGAUUCGACAUCAAGGAGCGAGCAAUGCGUCUGGAAUGUCACUGGCAAGUCACUCUCCCAGAUCAAAAACGACCUCAUCUACGCAUUUCUAUGUACACCAGACCUGGAGAACAAGGUGAUUUCGCCGACGUGUUUCCGAGUGGAGUUCCGCAAGUACUCUUCAGGAUCCACCAUGUUUUCCAAGCCGAUAAAGUUCCAGAUUGACGUGAUGCUAGACUCGGUGCUGGACAACAUGCACAAAGUCAUUUUCACACUCAUCACAGGACCCAGCAGACGCUUCCGAAAAGUAGUUGAACAUAUGGAAAAGAUGAUUUAUGAGCGACAACCUUCUAUUGAGGAAACUCCAAGAUACACUCAAGACCAAAACCACCACCUGCAUCUGGUUCAAGCUGCAAUGGCGGCAUCAAGCAAUGCAAUGGGAGCUCGAGGAGACGUGACCAUGUUUAAUGACAACAAUAACAACCCAAAUAAUAUUAAGAUAGGAUCCUCAAUUUGUACAAAAAACAACAACAAUGCUGCUACUAACCAAUCGCUUCCGUUCAGUUCUGGCCAAACGAAUGUUAACUCUUGCCUACUUCAAUCAAGUGGUGACAAAAGUGCCCAGUGCGCCUCACAAAUGUCUACUUCAAGUGCAAAUAACUGUGCUAAUAGCUCUUGUAGAAACGGUUCUAGUCCCGGCAGGGCCGGAAAUUUUGGACCUUCUUCAACAAAUGACACAAUUACAAGUGAACACAAUAUCUCUCCCUGCAGUAAUCAAUGCAGGCAGUCAAAUAGUGCAAUGAUUUGUGAGACCAGUGACAACCAGUCGUGGUCUGGCGAUGUGAAUGCAACGUGCAUUAAUGGAAGUGCGAAUAACGUGCACAUGCAGUGCGAAAAUAUAAGUGUAACUACUGCUAACGGUGGGUCGACGGCAAGUGGAAUACACAUCGAAAUGAAUAAUGUGAAUGGAAGUGCGAUUAUGUCGCCGAAUAAGCGACAUCGCCGAACGGCGUCCAGCCACGCCGCACCAUGUGCCAAAGCAUGCAAUGAAUCCAACAGUGCAAUAAUGUCAGGUGCUCUAGACAGCCAAGUUACCGCCGAGCAAGUUGCAAUGAAAGACUGA